GUGUACAAAACUAAGACCUAACUGUUUGCUGCAGAAUCUUUUGUGCUUUAUUGUGUCAACAUAAACAUUGAAAACAUGGUCCAGGGCACGUUUGAUUGCUUCUAAGGAUGUAUUCUUGUUUUCACAAGCACCUGUCUACGACUAAUCCUUACGUUGUAUACACGUUACAGACGGAUUACUGAGAAGGCCGAUGAUUAUUUUCUAAACGACAGAGGGAACAGUAAAUUAUGUUUCAUUUGCCGUAUAGUGGGAUGUUAAUUCUGACAUUUUUAUAGUGUUACCCGAGACCCAAGUUUUGGAAAGAUUUAACUUUUUUGCAACACCAGUUCACACAUGGUAAACCCACAGCUAAGCUCAUUUGGUGAAUGCAGUUAGCAAAGGGUUUUCUGGCAAUUUUAUUUUUUAUAUUUUUGUCUGCUGUCUUCAGAAUCUGGAAAGUUCAGUAAGAUAUUCUGCGACGCCCUCAUGAAUGUCUCUCUUCCUAGAUCAUCGGCGCGUUACGUAACAGUGCAAAGGCAUCAUGAUGAAGUUUCUUAAUUCUCGGUUCUUGUUUAAACGUAAACACCCAUAUAUGCAAAGUCAGCUGGGGACAAUACGUCAAAUAACUGGAUGAGUGUUAAUCCGUUGCAUCUGUUAUAUAGCUGAAUUUUAGGUCACUAGUAUGUAUCGAUAUUUCUCAAAUUUCUUUUUAUGUGGUGUUUUUGGACAGGUUGUUUGACGAUUUUUCUUUGAUUCUUCUACAUCUGUGGUAUUGGAAGUAUUGUGGCCAUUUAAAUUAAAAAAUUAGGUAAAACAGUUCAAAUUUCAACCGCGUGGUUUAGUAUGGGUCAGCGAUCCAAUGGAUUUUAAAUUCUGCAAAAUGUGCACGCGCUACUAAUUAGAGACCACUAAUUGCCCAGUCUUCGAGGGAAACACCCCGUCUCACUUGUACAGUUUAAGAUAUUUUGUGCAACGAUCAUCAAUCCAAAAUGCAACUUUCAAAAAUCAACCAGAACAUUUUCGAAAUGUUUGGAAUAUUUUAUCUCUGUUUUGGACUUUUCUCCGCUGUUAAUGCUCUUCCCGAUUUCCAAGACGGUGACAUAAGGCUGAUAGGCGGACGUACGGAGAAUGAGGGGACGGUCGUCAUUUAUCACGACGGACGCUGGGGGAGCAUAUGUGACAGGGGUUGGGAUAUCAGGGACGGGAAUGUCGCCUGUCACCAGCUUGGCUUCCACAGAGCACUCCAGUCUCUUCGCCGCAGUCCAUAUGGCCCCGGACGCACACACCGAUGGCUGACAGGCUUGCGUUGUGGUGGAAGGGAGCUCAGGCUUGAACAAUGUCGCCCUCGAAGAUGGGGAAUAGAGAGGGAUGAGAGACACUGUCAGCAAUACAGUCGUUCUGCGGCGGUCGUCUGCAUGCCAAGAGCAGCACCCUCGGCAUCUUCUUCUACGACAACCACCACAAAGGCAACCACAAAAUCCCAAACCACAUCCACAACAGAAAGCCCAUCAACAAAACAGAUUGCAAUAACAUCCAAGCCAACGACCAUUGCACCGAAAACUUUAUUUGUUGAAAAUAACAUUCCAACAGUUAAAACAAUUCUUGAAGAAGAUAUUGAUGAGGUUAAUAAGGAGAAACACGCAAUUUCUGAAAGAUAUUCGAAUAGAAGCAUAAUUUACGAUGAAAACAAUAACAAUGAAAAUGUCAUUCCCGAUCCGACUGUCACGAAUAAUAGACAAAUUAGGUAUCGUCUACAGUAUGAUGCUCAGUGGAGUGACACAAGACGAACGAAGGAUAUUGAAACCUCCCCAACAACAAAGAAACCUUCCACGACAACAAAGAAACCUUCCCCAACAACAAAGAAACCCCCUACAACGACAAAGAAACCUUCUUCAACUCCAGCUGCACCUGCGCCGCGUUUUAGAUAUGAAGCUGAAGUUUAUUCUAUUAAUUUACCAAUGCGACGUUGGGUGAAAGAUCCUCUUUUAAAAUGUUGGGUUCUAGCUACAGUUCGAGGAAAGAUACUCAUUGCAAAACCUGGAAGACGUCCUAAACGAAUAACGAAAGAAGAGUAUUAUGAAAGGCGGCGAAAUGAACUCGAGGCACAAAGGGGUAUAGAAGAUGUUUCAAAUGAAAUAACAACACGAUCUCCACUGAAUGAUGCUUCCGAGACGCACGGAAAUGUUGUAAAUAACCGUAUAGCAGACCCUGUGAGGAGGCGAACAACAACAAAACAGACAACAAUAACAACGAAGAAAACAUUAACAACCCCAACCACAAUGAAACCAACAACACAAAAACCAACGACAACGACCCUCAAACUUACCGCAAAGCCAGCUACUUUGAAAACCACCAUCAAAUCAACGACGACUACGACAACAACACCAAAACCUACGACACAGAAACCUACAACACCGAAACCUACGACGCCUAAACCUACAACGCCUAAACCUACAACACAGAAACCUACGACGCCGAAAACUACAACAACCACAACACCAAAACCUACAACAACCACAACUGCUCCUGCUCCAGCCGAUACAUAUGAUGAUGAAGUUUAUGCCUUAAAGCUGGUCAAGAGUAAAUGGAUCAAAGACGACGAUCUUGGACUGUGGGUGAUGCUCUCUAGGUCCGGAAAAGUUCUUAUUGCCAAGCCUGGUCAGCGAUCUAAGAAAGUGACCGAAGAUGAAUAUUACCAAAUGAGGAGAGAAAAGAUUCGUGAAACACAGUCUCAUGACCGUAUGAAAUCAGAUGAUCCAUCGCCGGGACAGGAAUCAGGGCGGGCCCCAGCUCCAAGAACAAGGCUGCUGUCCAUUGGCACUGGAGGGGAUAUUAUUAAUGGUAAUGCUAGUGAUUUAUCCGUGUCAUCCGAUGUCAUGAUUGGUUCGGAUCUUAAUACUUCACGCAAUGGAAAUGCAGGCAGGCAUGAUUCACGCUUUGGAAAUCGUCACAGACACGGGCAUGGAUCAGGGAAAAUAAAGAUAAGACUUGCUGGACACCGAGCAAAUCGUGGGAAAAUCGAAAUUCUUCCCAAAGGAAGAGAAGAAUGGGGUGUUAUUUGUGGGGAUCAUUGGACAAUGAGAGAAACUAUGGUUGUUUGCAGGGACUUAGGUCUUGGCUAUGGACAACAACAAAUAACGAAAGCGAUCUUUGGAGGUAGUGACCAGAAAAAGUAUUAUUCUCGGGUUCGUUGUAAGGGGAAUGAGAAGAGGGUGUCCGAUUGUGAGUGGGUGGAACACGAGGGACCGGUGCAGUGCUCCUCCCGCGACUCGGUGGCUGGGGUCAUCUGCACAUCAGCACUUCCCGACUUAGAACCCAGCAUUUACAUGUUAGAAACAACGACAUUCCUGCAAGAUAGACAUUUGUAUUACCUCCAGUGUGCAAUGGAAGAAAAUUGUCUGGCACCAUCUGCUUACGAAGCACAACGGUCACGAUACUGGAGACAGAGUACUCGCCGCCUGCUGCGUUUCUCUAGUGUUGUCAAGAACAUUGGGACGGCGGACUUCAAGCCAAUGACUGACCGUAGUCAGUGGGAGUGGCAUGCCUGUCACAUGCAUUACCAUAGCAUGGACGUUUUUGCCCAUUAUGAUAUAAUGGACCAGAAUGGAAAUCGUGUAGCCGAGGGAUUAAAAGCCAGUUUUUGUUUAGAAGAUUCUGCUUGUAAUCCGGGUAUUUUUCCAAAAUAUAGCUGCCAAAACUAUGGCCAACAAGGAAUAAGUGUUGGCUGUUCAGACAAUUACAUGGCAGACAUAGAUUGUCAAUGGGUUGACAUUACAGAUUUAAAACCUGGAGAAUAUAUUUUCAAGGUGGAAGUCAACCCGAAAAUGUUGGUUGCUGAAAUCAGCUUUGAUAAUAAUGCCGUUGUAUGUAAUCUACAAUACACAGGGUAUUAUGCAAGGCUAUCGAAAUGCAAACAUGCGUCACUGUUAUAGUACUGUAAUUUGAAGGAUAUGCAACUUGUUGGAAGAUAUAUUCAGAACGUAAUAUGAGAAUCUGAAUAAUUGUCUGAAAACGUUCGGUUGCAUAUUCAACAUUCAAUAAUGACAUGGUUUACGGAUAUUUUAACAAGAGUCGUCUAUUUUAUUAAGAAACAUACAUUCUACAAAAAUACCAAGGGAAGCUCACCAAUUUUAUCUGAAAGACAAGUUAAUAUAUUCACAAAAAGUUUUUGGGUAAAAAUUCCGACAACAAGGGGGAAAAGAUACUUUAAAAAUUAACUCGUAUACCGGUAUUUCAAUUUGGUUUUUUUUCUUCCUUGUGGUAUGAAACUUAACUGGUUCAGUACUUCUAAGACAUGUUACGUAACUAAAAAGACAUAAUGUGUCUUUCUCAUGUUCUGUAAUUGUAUAGUAUUGUGGACUUCUAAUGAGAAGGUUAAAUAGCUGUGAUAUUAUAUCAUGCAUUUUAUAAUACAAAGCUUGUGCUUUUAUUUAACUUUUUUUUAUUCCAGUGAAAUUUUGGACAAUUCAGCAUCUUUUCAUUCCUUGUUCUAUUUUAGAUAGAAAUGUUCUUAAAGUCUGGUUCACAAGAUUAUGUGAAAGAAGCACUCGAUCAGUGAACACUAUUUUUUUCAAAAUGUUAGAGAAAUUCAUUUCACAAAGAUGUUGUAUUUCCGUCCAAUCUAAAUGAAUUCCAUGUCUGAGAACGAUUUUUUUAAUUUGAAUUCCGAGUGUUUUUGAAUCAUUUAAAAACAUUAUAUGAGCAUUUUACUACCAUCACUUAAUAAUUUGCUUGGCAAACAUUUACCAUAAAAACAUCAUAUUAUAAAAUUGUUUUGCAUUACCGAAAAUCGGAAAUGAGUAACUGAAAUAUCGAAGAUACAUGAAUAUCAGUUACAAAACAUAAUUUCCGAAGAAAAUUUAAAGGUUAUGACAUGUAUUUUCCAUCAACCAGAAUGCAGUAUUAGGCAAGAUGCUUUUAAAGUAUUCAUUGAAGUUAUCAGCACUAUUUUAUAAGCUACACGUUGUAGUCAAGUUAAACUCAAUAGAAUCUCAGAACUAUGAUAGGUUCCCCAUAGCAAAAGAGUUGACUUUAUAUUGCUUCAAAGACUUGUUCGCUAGAGUUGCGAUAUGUUCCUCACUCGUGAUAACUUCAAGGCCUCAACCGGUAUUUCAUUUUUGAUUUUUCCAUAUUGAUGAAGACCGAAGUUUUCGGUAAUGCAAUUCUGCUUUUAUUAUAUAUGGUAACAUGUUUUGGAUUAAAUGCUUUAGUUAUGUUGUUUCAAGACAUGUUGAUUGCCAGCAAUAUUUUUUUCAUAUCAUUUAAGUUUAAAAAUGAUUAAAAGGUGUAUUUUAAUCCCAGAAAUCAUACGUGCAUGUUUUUUGUUUUAGUUCACUGAUAUAGCAUAUAUUAAACAUUUCAGUUUUUACUCCAAACAUAUGUAUUCGAAGUAAUGCAUUGAUUGAAAUUCCUUACUACAUGUGAAACUAAAACGCAUUGAUAUUAUUUCAUUGAUUAUUGCUUGAUGUAUUUCAAUAUUUCGAGCUUACAUCUAUGAUGUACCGUUUAAUGUGAACAUUUUUGAGCAAUACAAUCUUCAUUUUAGUGAAACAAUUCAGUCCUAACUUAAUGUCAAACAUAUAUUUUGUUAUUUAAUUAUACGUGUAUCUCGUUUUUUCAACAUUCUUAUGACUGUUAAACAAUUAAAUGAAUUAGUACUAGUUUUA